UACCGCUCUCCUCCGGGACAAACACGGCGGUCUGAACCGAGCAGGAGCUUCACACUCGCCGCUCCGCUUCCAGCAGUUUCUUCAUGGGAAUAAACUUGAUCUUCGCCUCCGGCAGAGAUGACGGAAGGAUGCUGACGUCCAACUCCGACUCGUAGAACCGUUUCCACAGCGUCCAGUUGACGCAUAGCGACGAGUCAAACGAUGGCCGCCCAUCGGAUCAGGACCACUGCCACCAACAACAACACUUCUCUUCCUCGAUGCAGAUCUGAGGGGACGCUCAUCGAUCUGACCGAGGGAGUGUCAGAAUCCACUCUCAAUGAUGUCAAAGUGCCUUCUCCAAGUGCCUUACGUCUGGACGCCACUGCCUCCUUUGGCACUGCCAGGGAAGUUGUUGCCAUAAAGGACUACUGCCCAUCCAGCUUCACAACCCUGAAGUUCUGCAAAGGGGAUCGGCUUUAUGUUCUGGACUCAUCAGGAGGAGAGUGGUGGUAUGCCCACAACAACACGGAGAUGGGCUACAUCCCUGCAGCUUAUGUGCAGCCCAUCAACUGCAGAGACUCCUCCUUCAGUGACAGCGGGAUGAUUGACACUGUGGGAGAUUGUAAUGAAGAGGUGGCCAAAGAAAUGGACCUUCUAGGAGAGUGGUCAGGGAUGGUUCUCAAACCCACCACCUUCCAAAACGGAAAUCCUUUCGCAACAACCUGUAUCUCCACGAACCCUUUCAUCAAAGGUGGUCACCAGACCUCACUUGAUGAAAACAGCAAUGACAAGUCAGUUGACCUACUUUUAUUUGAUACCCUCACUCCAUCUUUACCCAAAUCCACUAGCACCACCUCAGACAUUAAUGGUUUUGGCAGUGGCAUUUUUGACUUCAGUGCAUUAGGGGCAGAGCAGACAAUAUGCAGGGACAACCCAUUUUUUAGAAGCAAACGUUCCUAUAGUCUGUCUGAGCUGUCCAUCCUCCAAGCUCAGUCAGAUGCCACUCAGGAUUCUAGUGGUUUCUUCGGAAAUCUCAAAGCCCCGUCGCCAGAGCAGUUCCAGAGCCGGGAGGAUUUCCGGACAGCGUGGCUCACUCACCGUAAGCUGGCCCGGUCGUGCCAUGACCUAGACUCGCUUGGUCAGAACCCAGGCUGGGGUCAAACACAACCCGUGGAGACCAACAUCGUAUGUCGGCUGGACAGCUCUGGAGGAGCUGUGCAGCUUCCAGACACCAGCAUCAGCGUCCACAUACCCGAGGGCCACGUAGCACCCGAUGACACUCAGCAGAUCUCAAUCAAAGCUCUCCUUGACCCACCACUGGAACUAAACAAUGACCGCUGCACCACUGUCAGCCCUGUGGUCGAAAUCAAGCUUAGCAACAUGGAGACCAAAACCACCAUUUCCCUGGAGAUGAAAGUGUCCGUUGUGGUUAAAAUUGAAUGCAGGCAGACCACAGAGAUCAUGUGCGUCAAGAGUGACUGUAAAGAGGGGCCGUACACUCCCAUUCCACAGGCGUACAUGUAUGGUGACAUGAUCCAGGUUUGCCUGAAUAACCUUGAACCCUGCAUGUAUGUCUGUGUUGUCACUCAGUCUCAGUCGGUAUCUCCAGAGUCCACAGUUUGGGAGCAUGUUGUUAAAAAGAUUACCUUAGGAGUAUAUGGUCCCAAACAUAUCCACCCCUCCUUCAAAACGGUUGUGGCCAUCUUCGGUCAUGAUUGUGCACCAAAGACGCUGCUUGUGAAUGAGGUAGGAAAGCAGGCACAGCCCAACCCCCCGGCAGUGCUGCACCUGUGGGGUAAACACCAGUUCGUCCUGUCCAGACCCCAGGAUCUGCGUGUUGGGGUUUAUUCCAACAUGGCCAACUAUGAGGUAAAAGCUGGUGAGCAGGCCAGAGUGGUCCGGGGCUUUCAGGUAAAACUCGGUAAAGUCAGCAGGCUGGUCUAUGUCAUUGCAUCACGCAAUGCUGAAGAGGUUUCUGACUUCACCUUACGCGUGCAGGUUAAGGAUGACCAGGAUGGUAUCCUGGCCCAAUUUUGUGUCCAGACUCCGACACCACCCCCUAAAGCAGGUCCAAAGACAUCUGUGCAAAGGCGCUUUCUGAAAAAGAAAGAAGUGGGGAAGAUAGUAUUGUCUCCUUUUGCCAUUGCCACAAAAUAUCCAGUAUUCCAAGACAGGAGAAUCAACAAUGUGAAGUUUGGAAAACUAAUCAAGACGGUUGUCCGACAAACAAAGAAUCAGUACUUGCUUGAGUAUAAAAAAGGAGACUUUGUUGCACUGUUGAGUGAGGAGAAGAUCAAGUUAAAGGGACAGUUGUGGACAAAGGAAUGGUACAUUGGAUAUUAUCAGGGUAAAAUGGGUCUCGUCCAUGCAAAGAACGUGCUGGUGGUUGGCAAAGUAAAGCCCAUUUACUUCAGCGGGCCGGAUCUUACAACAUCACUCUUACUGGAACAGAUCCUGAAGCCGUGCAAAUUCCUCACUUACAUCUACGCAUCUGUAAGAACAAUACUAAUGGAGAACAUCGGCAACUGGCGAGUGUUUGCAGACGCCCUCGGGUACGUCAACCUGCCUCUGACGCAUUUCUGCCGCUCUGAGCUCGACAGUGAGCCUGAGAGGGUCGUCUCCGUGCUGGAGAAACUGAAGGAGGACUGCAACAACGCAGACAGCAAAGAGCGCAAGUCUUUCCAGAAGGAGCUCCUGACUGCGCUGUUGAAGAUGGACUGUCAGGGUCUGGUGGCCAGGCUGGUCAUGGACUUUGUCCUCCUGACCACAGCCGUGGAGGUGGCCGGCCGCUGGAGGGAACUCGCCGAGAGGCUUGUCAAGGUUUCCCGCCAGCAGAUGGAUGCCUAUGAGGCUCCGCACAGAGACAAGAAUGGGGUGGUGGACAGCGAGGCCAUGUGGAAGCCGGCGUACGACUUCCUGGUCACCUGGGCCGCUCAGAUCGGUGACAGCUACAGGGAUGUGAUCCAGGAGCUGCACAUGGGUUUGGACAAGAUGAAGAACCCCAUCACCAAGCGCUGGAAGCACCUGACCGGCACGCUCAUCCUGGUCAACUGCCUGGACGUGCUGCGGAGCUACGCCUUCAGUCCCGCCGCCCAGGACGACUGCGCCAUCUGAGCUCAGGUCCCGACGCUGUCCUACACCAGCUCACCGCACUCGUUUAGAAGUUAGAGCAGGACAAACGUCCACUCCGUCAUUGUGCCCCCACGAAGGGAACAGCAUGUCCACAGCUGCCGGCCAAACCAGCUCACAGUAUUCAAAGACUUUUCUUUUUUUAUAGUUCUUGUCUUUCAUAGUAUUUUUGUACUCCUCAUACUGCAAAGUCCUUUAAAAAAAAAAAACUUUAAACUUUAAAUUGUGGAAUUAAUGCCAAAACACUUUUACAAUGAGAAACUUAGACAGAGGAAUUAUUUAUACAUCAACUUAAAGAGGAAACUCUUUGGGUUCUGUUUCAAUGUGGUCCUUUUCAUUUCACAAAUCCAAACCUUCUGAUGACGCACCAUAUUUUAAACAAACACUAAAAAACUUGAUAAUUUGAUGCUCUUAUGUGUUUCAAUUGGUCAUGUGUCCAUAUCGUGUUUUUUUCUUCUGCUUCUACCAGAAUAGUGCUGAGAGAGUGCCUAGAAAUUCCCCCCCAGUGGUGUCAGUGGGGGGGGCUUGUGCAUGGGAUUUGUUUCUAUGACAACAAUAAACGGCUAACAACUAUCUUAUAAAGUACAAGUAAAAUAACUCACCCUCAGCAAGAACCAAUCAAUUAAAAGCACUUGUUGCAGUUGGGGGGGGGAGGUCUCUGGUGUGACAUCUUUUUCUAGAAACGGCUGUACGCACUCCAUUCUUGUUUAGAGCAAAUGGGGGGAUGCUGGCGCCAAGAAAAAGAAAGAUGCUAUAUGGACACGUAGCAUUUUUCCAAUGACGCACUUAUUUUGAUAGUUUGUCAUUUGUAAUACAGUCUGAACAAAGUCAUAUCACACACACACACACACACGGGUCAAAGAUAAAGGAUAAAUCAUGAGUGAUGUCAUAAUCAAAAGUUUAGACUUUGAUCUGCUUCCUGUCACCUCAGAUGUCUCCAAUCUGCUGCGGCACCUAAAACCUCAUCCUCUCAGUGUAUAAGUGUGACUUUAUUUUAUUUAACUAUGAUCCAUCACUGUCUAACACCCCUGUUCCACAGUGCACCGUUCCCUCCGGUUUCACCUCGAAUAGCAAAUCUGGUUGUGUUUUGACUUCUUCAUCUUUUGUGAAUGAACUUGGUACAGGCAGGAGUUGCCACCAUCAUCAACACUCGUUUGGAAUUUGGGGUGACAUUUUUGGACACCUCAAAAAUGUCACCCCAAUUUGCCAAAUCAGCAUCAUUAAGCGGUCACCUCCGGGUGUUCGUAGUCUUAACAGGUUCUGUCAUGUCCAGACAUCCUUAAACGGGCUCGACCCAGUGAGUACAGCCUGUUUGAUUGACUGUCCUCCAUCAGGGUAAAAAUUUGAAGCAGCAGCAGCGUUUGUUGCAUUUCUGGCCGAGAACACUGCUGGGCGCAACUUUACAUUCCUUUUCAAGCAGGUUGACAGGUCUGCACUUUUUAAGACAACCAGUUGCCAGGUCUGCACUCUAUAAGCCGGCCUGAAAGGAGGCACUCUGGAGUCUGCCGUUUCAUCCCGUUUUUGCACUUUUUCUGGAUGGUGGGCGGUGGGGGGGAACAGAACGGUGUCCUGUGGACUCGGGGUGUAAGUGUUUGUUUUUCUACACACGGUUGUCCUCUGAGGUGUCUUUGUAACCCAUAGGAUCUGGUGUGGUUGUACUGAAACAGUCUGACAAAGUUUCUGAUUCUUCUGUCUGUCUCAUAGAAACAUCCAGACUGAAUCUCACACGGCGAUAAAUAAA